CAAAAAUUCAAUUAAGCAUUCUCCAUUUCUGUUUAACUGAUUCUGGUGACCUUGUCUGGUCAGAUUAGUCAUUAAACAGCCAUAAAUCAUGUUCUAGCUCGUUUCCGUUUUCGUCCUAGUUGAUGCGUUCGGUUUAAUUGUACAUUGCAUUAUUUGAAAUGCACCUAUUGAUUUUCGUUUGUGUAAUUUUCAAGUUGCCAUACAUAACAUCAGCUCGCUACAAUCGAUUCGGACCCGAUUUCCGGUUCAAUACUAACGAUGUAGUUUGUGAAGGAGAUUACUAUGUAUUUAACUGUGAACUCACUGAAUAUUUAACUGAUGGAGUAUUGGCGAUUUACAAACUGGAGACUGAAUUUAUUCCAGCAAAUUUGAGUGUCGAAGAAAAACGUGAAGCUGAGCUUUUCGGGAAAGAACCAUUUCCUGGUUUGGUUAUACGGUCUCUAAGAGAAAUUUUCGAAAAACAUGGCGUUCAUAAAUGGAACCAAACGUACGAUCGAGAUCACAAAACAUUUAAAUAUAAAUAUGGACCAUUGACUAAAAAUGAUUCUGGACUUUAUUAUUGUCGUUUUCUUAAUCCUAUUGGAUAUUCAACUUUAAUGUCGACCUACAUGAAACUUGAAAUCGAUAUGAAUUGUUCUAAACCACUGAUGUACUGGAUUGUUCAAUUACUACCAUAUUUCCUAUUGUUCAUUUUUAUUUUAAUCGUUCUUCAAUUGAUUUGGUUAUGGAGACGAAAAUCUGAAAUUGUUACAUACAAAUCAAUAAGAAUUGGACAAUCUAAAGAGCACUACCAGUUAACUGCAUCUGGAGCACGAAUAUCAAACAAUAUAUCGGAUAAUGAUUCAUCUGAAAAUGCUACAAGUUUAAUGUUAGAGCCAAUUGAUGAACCUGUGAUUAAUAUAAGCACCAUUGUCACUCGUCGUCCACCGAAAUUUAUCAACAAAAUUAAAGAUCGAUAUACUAAUAGCAGUGUAUGUCUGGAAAAUCAACAACAAUUUUACAAUAAAUGCAGAUAUGCAAAAGAUAUACAACGUAUAAAAGAAUUAGAUAAAUUAUUUUUAUCUAAUUAUCGACUACAAAAAGAUGAGCAUUAUGAAUUACCUCGUGAAAAUCUUCAAUUAAUAUGUCAAUUAGGUUCAGGUGCUUUCGGUAUUGUAUACAGAGGUAUUGCAGAAAAUCUAACUAAUUCUGCAAACACUAAUGAGAAAAUGGAUGUUGCUGUUAAGACUUUAAAAGAUGACUUCACAGAAGAAGAUGUGUCUGAAUUCCUAACGGAAGUGAAUAUUAUGAAACAGUUGCACCAUAACCAUAUCAUUCAAUUUUAUGGAGUUUGUAUGGAAAAUGGUUCACCACUUUUAAUCAUGGAAUAUGCUCCUUACGGAAAUCUCAAGGAAUAUCUACGUCGUCAUCGAAAAGUGUGGUCUAAUAAUGACAAUUUAUCUUUGAAGCUCCUCAAUUUUGGAUGUCAGGUUGCUAAUGGCAUGAAAUAUUUAGAGUCGAAAUGUCUUAUUCAUCGUGAUUUAGCUGCUCGUAAUAUUUUAGUUGGUAAGCAACAUAAUUUAAAAAUUGCCGACUUUGGACUUACAAGAUUUGCUGAAAAUUAUUAUCGUAAAAUGAAAAAUGGUCGUGUUCCUUUAAAGUGGUUAGCUCCAGAAUCUUUAGGUGAUAAAGUGUACACAAUUAAGUCAGAUGUUUGGUCAUUUGGUAUAUUGUUAUGGGAAAUAUUUACACUUGGUUCAACACCAUAUCCAAAUAUUAAUUUAACUCAAAUUAUUCAAUCUAUUCAAUCAGGUGUACGUAAUAAAAAACCAUUAUUAGCAUCAAAUGCAAUUUAUGAACUAAUGUGUAAUUGUUGUUGGCAAUUAGAUCCAACAAAAAGAUUAUCAUUUUCAGAAUUAGUCAACUUAUUAGAAUUACAAAUAAAUGAACAUGAAGGUAGUGAAACUACAUCAGGUAUAUCAACAGAUCAUAAUGAUGAAGAUAAUCAUCAACAAUGUAAUAAUGAUUUAUCAAUCAGUAUCAUUGAUAAUAAUAAUAAUAAUAAUAAUAAUAAUAAUAAUAAUAAUAAUAAUGAUAAAGCCUUCGAUAUGGAUAUUUGUAGUAUUGUAAAUGAAUAUGAUAGUUUUGAUUCAUUUGAUGAAGAUAUUAAUCAAUCUAUUUUAUCCACAACAAAUAAAACUUAUCAUAAUUCAACAUUAACAACAGUUUAUUGUGAAAUGAAAGCUUAAUAGUAAUAGGUACUCUACUACUAUUUAUCAUGCAUAUACAUUGUAUAAUCGCAA